AUGGUUCGUCACGCACCCCAGGAAGAUCUCCUGAUGACUGUAGACAGCGAGGAAGAGUUCAGUUCUUCAUCAGAAGAUGAUGAAGACAUUGAUGAUGAAGGCCUGCACUUUGAGGAGGGCUUUGAUCCAGACACAUUUUCUGAUGAAUGUGAGAAUGACAGCGGACAGAUACCUGUUGGAAAGAGAGACAGGAAUCUGUCAUGGAAAGCAGAAACUGAUGUUGACAUUAAUCCAGAGACUCUGAGAUUCCUGCCUGCACGGAAACCUGGGCCGCAGUCGAGUCUCGCUGACUCUCACUCCCCUAUGAGUCUUUUCAAACUGUUUUUCUCAGAGAGCGCCGUGUCAAAUCUGUGCCACAACACAAACGCUCAGGCUGCCAGGGCACUUGCAAAGGGUCGCAAAUACAGUUGGACAGAUGUCAGCGCUGACGAGAUGUACCGCUACAUUGGACUCGUUUUCUACAUGGCCACGGUGAAGAUGAGCUCCAUCGCUGACUACUGGCGGCAGGACAGUCUUUUCUCUUUGCAUCUUCCUGCCACAGUUAUGUCAAGGGACAGAUACCGCACCAUUUCAUGGAAUUUGCACAUGAGUCACCCAGAUGCAGACAAGGAAAAUGACAAAAAGAGGGGCACAGCUGAACAUGACCAGCUUUUCAGGAUCAGACCCCUCUUGGACACCAUCCGUAUUGCGUGCAAAACCUUUUAUCAUCCUAGAAGAAGUUUAGCUGUGAAGGAAAGACUGGUGGCAUGCAGAGCAAAUGCAGGAAUGACACGGUUCACGAAACCAAAGCCAACAAAGCUGGGCUUCAAGUUUUUUGUCCUCGCUGACUCAUCAAAUGAAUAUACUGUGGACCUCUCUGUGUACACGGGCAAAAACAGCUUCCCUACAGGCCAUGGGAUUUCAUACAAUGCUGUGAAGUCUCUUCUGGACAAGAAAGCUUUGGGCUCUGGGUACCAUGUUUACAUGGACGAUUUCUUUACAAGUCCAAAGCUCUUAACAGACCUGCUUUCUAUGAAGUUUGGUGCUUGUGGGACUUACAGAGACUACAGGAGGGGCUUCCCACAGAGCGCAUCUAAUUCACUGACCAAAAAGUCCACCAGGGGAUCCAUCAGGUGGAUUCGGGAUGGGCCUCUUGUGUGUGUGAAGUGGAUGGACAAAAAAGAGGUGUCUGUUUGUUCCACCAUCCAUGCUGCCUAUACAGGAGACCGUGUGCAAAGAAAAGUGAAAGCACAAGAUACAUGGAGGACAAAGACUUUUCCGUGUCCCUCACCUGUGACUGCGUACAACCACCACAUGGCAGGUGUCGACCUGUCCGAUCAGCUGUUGGAGUAUUUCACUGCACAGCACAAAACCAUGAAGUGGUACAGAAAAGUCUUUCUACACUUCUUGGACAUUGCUGCCACCAACGCUUUCAUAUUGCACAAGGAGCUACACGGCAACAUGACGCACAAGGAGUUUAUGGAGCAGCUUGUUGCAGAUCUCUGUGGUGUGUCUCAGAAAGAAGCACCGAAACAGACCAGUAUUGACCACGUGCCGGUUCCAGGAGCUGAGCUGACCUCGGAUGUCAGAAAAAUCGCCACUUCCGGUCGCCGCAUAUGUGCGCAUUGCAAAGCAGUGUUUGGCAAGAAGCAACAGACACCUUGGAAAUGUCAGGCAUGUGAUGUUCACUUGUGUCUUCAGUUGAACAGGAACUGUUUCCAGGAAUGGCACAAAAGUGUGUGA